GGCAAUUGCGAAGGUUGUAUAUAUAGGGGAAGUAAACCGGAACACCCCCACAGCAGACCCCCACGGCGACCCUCUCGAACAAUGCCCCGAGACUACGCAAAGCCGGGCCACCAGCAGACGAUCUCGACCGCCGCCCACGGUCCUCAGAGUCUCUCCACUCCGCAGGGAGUUCGAAUCCCGGCGUAUCGCCAACCAGGAGCUAUGGAACGUAUCGAUCAGUCACUAGUGCAGCCGACGACGAGGACGACGAGGAAGACGUUGCCAUUGAGAUAUAUGAUGAGUGGAAGCCCACGGGGUCUUUUGCGAGCUCGUGUAUCAACAUUGGGAACACUAUUUUGGGGAGCGGAAUGCUGGCCAUGCCCUCAGCACUAGCGCGCGUCGGUCUUGGCUUCGGUAUCGUUCUUAUUGGCUUAUCGGGAACAGCAGCAGCAUUCGGAUUACUUCUCCUUAGUGAGAUCGCUUCGAAAGUCGGGCGGACGUCCUCAUUCAACUCCUGCGCGAAAAUAACCUAUCCAGGGGCGGCGGUCUGGUUUGACGUGGCCAUUGCCGUCAAGUGCUUCGGCGUCUCAAUAUCGUAUCUUGUUAUUUGUGGAGACUUGCUCCCAAGAGUUAUCCUAGGUUUCCAUCCAGAAGUGUCUCCAGACUCCCUCCUUCUCAGCAAAACUUUCUGGCUCAUCGCCUGCCUCCUGCUGGUGUCGCCGCUAUGUUUUUUGAGACGGCUGGACUCGCUUCGAUACACAUCAGGAUUUGCGCUGCUCUCCGUGAUUUACCUUGUGUUCAUCGUGGUGACGUACUUCUUCGCUCCGCAAGAGGGAAUGCCACCGCAUGUGCAUUGGGAUGAGAUCAAGUGGUUUAAGCUGGAUCGCCAUUUUUUUGGAGUGAUUCCUAUAUUUGUGUUUGCGUUCACAUGUCAUCAGAAUAUCUUCUCGGUGUACAACGAACUAAUUGAGAACGAGCACAAGCGCAUGCGGAAAGUCGUCGUCACAUCCGUAGGCACCGCCUUCUUUGUCUAUCAAACCGUAGCGGUUUUGGGCUAUCUGACGUUUGGAAACACUGUUUCGUCGAAUAUCAUCGGACAAUAUCCCGCAAACGCCCUAAUAACAGGCGGCCAGCUCGCCAUCGUCUUCCUCGUCCUGCUCUCCUACCCGCUCCAAUGCCACCCGGCCCGAGCAUCCCUGGACAAGAUAAUAACGAACUUGCAGUCCCACCGAUGCGCGGUGGACGAGGUUCCUGCGCUGCCGGGCGAGAUUGGGCGGACUCGUUGGGUGGCCAUGACGUUGGGGUUGAUGGGAAGCAGCUUGCUUUUGGCGUUGGUGUUGCAUAAUUUGGCUACGGUCCUAGCCUUCGUCGGCGCAACCGGCUCCACAACAAUCUGCUACAUCCUCCCUGGCCUCUUCUACUACAAGUACAGCACACAAGAAGACCGGGAGUCGGACCGACCCGCCCGGUUCAACCCGAAGCGGGCGGGCGCUAUCUUUUUGGGCUGUUUUGGAGUGGUGAUUAUGAUUACGAGUUUGGUGACGUUGGGGGUCACGGGGGAGGGUGGGCAUUGAGUGGACGGAGGCCACACGACGAGGAACGCAAUGGGAUUGCGGAGCGAGGAAACUCCGACGUGGAGCAACACACUCAAUUU